AUGGAGUCUAUCUCACCAAUUGUUCAAAAGGAGAAGUCGAGGAAGCAACUUGCAGAAGAACGGAGAAAUAAUGCAUUCAAUGCAGCAGUUGGAGAUAUCAAAGAGGAGCUGAUCCAGAGAGGAUAUGGACAGGAAGAAGAUCUCGGAUCACAACCGGCCAUACUGAUGCUCGUGGCCGAGACUCUAAACCAAGUUGAUCUGAAGUCCAAGUACCCAGUUGAAGCACGGCGGAAAAGUGAAGGAGGAAAGAUGCCAAAAGAUAUGGAAAAGGUGGUGAAAGCUAAUAGAGAGCAGAUGAGAAGAAAUAAGAUAAACUCUGCAAUCGACAGUAUAAGGGAGUUCAUUAUUCGGAAUGAACUCGGAGAUAGAAAUUCGAAAAGAUUGGAGAAACUGGACGUGGUGAAUACUAUUCUGGAUUACAUUCGGACUCUUCCAUCCAACAACGCCGUUACAUCUGCUCCAGUUGGUCAAGUAAAUGCUCAGACUGUGGCUCCAACUUCCCCGACAUCUUCAUCUCAUUCUCCAACUCUCUCACCAGGACUGCCAACCUUGUCUCCAUCUCCACCACUUCUCCAACAGGUUCCAGUAGUUGCUCAACAACCAAUCGGACUUCUCACCCCAGGACUCCCAAAUUUACUACCGACUGGAUCCCCUCUACCUCUUCCAAUGGUUCCAAUGUUUCCAUGGAUGACAACUCCAUUCCCAAUGGUACCAAUGGAUCCUGCAACAAUUCAACUCCGAAUUCAGUUUUGGCAGAAUCGAAUGAUUAUCCAAAACUUCAUUAAUCUGAAUCAGAAAUCUCAAGUAAAGAAGGAGGAAGUUGCGCAACCUGCUGAGGAAGAACCAACUGUUGCUCCAAUCAAAGAUGAAGAUGAGGAAUUGAAUCUUACCAACUAA